AGGAACAGUCAUGUGAGGACCCAAGGCAAACAUCAGCUUACAGUGUUUGUACCAAUGCAUUUGUUUGUGAUUUAAAAGUAGGCCUAUUUGCGUAAAGGAUCACCGUACUCUAGUAUCAUGUUUCGUCCAAAAUGUCACCACACCCUCAGAUGAGGAGUACAUUGCUUUUCUGUGCGUGGGUGGUGUUUUACAUCUCGUUCCUGGUUGCUACCAGAAGAAUGUGGACAGGGAAAUACGUCCGCAAUCCUUUCGCUCGAGCACUUAUGGUCAAAAUGGUGUCGGAGAGCGAAUCUAGUGCUGGAAAUGAAGAGUGGUACCGUUGCUGUCCAGAUCUUCUGGGGGAAUCGGUAAGACCAAUGUUCGUGCAGAGUGACUUGGACGCAGACACUCGGAGCUUUCUGAAAACGAGCGAGGAAAAGUCUGGCUGGCUGUUCACUCAGCUCUAUCACUCCUUCUUUUCAACCGUUUUCAGUCCCAUCAUGUCUCGGACCUCGAUCAACGGGUUUCUUGGCCGAGGCUCCAUGUUUGUCUUCUCAGGGGAUCAGUUUCGCCGCCUGCUCGGCAUCCGCCCAGACUGGAAGGCAGACAGGCUGCUGGAUCUGGGAGCAGGAGACGGGGGAGUCACCGAUGUCAUGGGCUCACAUUUCAGAGAGAUCUAUGCCACGGAGGUUUCCACCCCGAUGAAAUGGCAGCUCCAGAAGAAAAGCUACAAAUUGUUGGAAAUUGACGAGUGGCAGAACACAGGCUUCCAGUAUGAUGUCAUCAGUUGUCUUAACCUGCUGGACCGUUGUGAACAACCUCUGGACCUGCUGAGAGACAUCAAGAAAGCUCUGGUGCCAGGGUCAGGCAGGGUCAUCCUGGCUGCUGUGGUCCCCUUCCAGCCCUAUUUAGAAAUAGGGGGGAGAUGGCAACGCCCAAAACAGCAUUUGAAAAUCAAAGGAAAGACCUGGGAGGAACAAGUGACCAACCUAUCCAUUGAAGUCUUCUCCAAGGUCGGGUUGGAAGUCGAAGCGGUGACUCGGUUGCCAUAUUUGUGCGAAGGAGAUAUGUAUAAGGACUACUAUGUGUUGGAUGAUGCGGUAUUUGUGUUGAAGGCUCAGGAAUGAAGAUGAACUUGCACUUAAUUCAAAGGUCAGUCACACGCUGGGAAGUUUGAUCAUGUGGUGCUCCUGCAAGUCUGAACAACGCUGGUUUCAUUUUUGUGUGGGUUGCUUUUAGCAACAGACUUAUGCUGUGAACAAAUCUCUCUGAAGUGAUUUGGUUAAACAGAUCAAAAUGUUGUCCUGUGAUUUAAUGUUUGUAUUCAUAAAGUAGUCUCUAUGAUCCAGAGGCUGUUUCUAUGUUCCAUGAAUAAGUUCUGUAUUUGCCCUUCAAUAACACUGUUUUUCUUGUAUUGAAAAUGGAUCACCUGUCCUUAAAGGUCAAUCUUAAGCCUU